UCAGAUAUUUCUUGUGACUAUUGAUUAUUUCGUGAAUACAUCGACUCCAUCAUUAUUUGAAUGCGAUGAUUUCAGUUGUAAAAGUCUAAGUAUUUAUGGUUUUGCAAUGGCACAAAUACUAAGUGGAAAAGAAGUGUCGGGGGAACUCCAAAAUGCCAUUAAGUCAGAAAUAGCUGCUAUAAGAGAGGACCAUCCAGAGUUCAAUCCUGGCCUAGCCAUUGUUCAGGUUGGAGGACGCGAGGACUCAAAUGUCUACAUCAGAAUGAAGUGCAAAUCUGCAGAGGCAGUUGGCAUGUCAGCCAGACAUAUUAAUCUUCCACAGUCUACUACAGAGCAGGAACUCUUGGAUGUGGUUCACAGUCUAAAUGAAGAUGUAAACACACAUGGCAUUAUAGUACAGUUGCCACUGGACUCUGUCAAUGAUAUCAAUACAGACCUGAUAAUUAACUCAAUAGCACCAAAGAAAGAUGUAGAUGGACUGAAUGGUGAGAAUGCUGCCAUGUUAUCCAGGGGAGACAUGUCUAACUGUAUUGUCCCAUGCACUCCUAGAGGAUGCCUAGAGCUUAUCAAGAAAGCAGGUGCUGAAGUGGAAGGGGCUCGUGCUGUUGUGUUGGGGCGUAGUAAGAUUGUAGGUUCCCCAAUGGCAAACCUCCUCACAUGGCACAAUGCUACAGUAACCAUAUGCCAUUCCAGAACUAAGAAUCUUGCUUCAGUAUGUAAGGAGGCAGAUAUUCUCGUGGCCGCUGUUGGGAGACCAGAGAUGGUGAAAGCUGAUUGGGUGAAACCAGGAGCUGUUGUUAUAGACUGCGGCAUCAAUGCAAUUCCAGAUGCUACUAAGAAGAGUGGUCAGAGAUUGGUAGGAGAUGUGGCCUAUAAGGAAUGCAAGGAGGUAGCUUCAUGGAUCACUCCUGUACCUGGUGGUGUAGGGCCUAUGACUGUAGCUAUGCUCAUAAGGAAUACUGUAGAUGGGGCAAAACGUGACCUUCAAAUAUCCAAGCAGUCUUUUCCUAGUCACCUGGAAUCCAACAUUAUGGGCCCUCUAUUCCAAACAUUCAGGAUUCCUAAAACUUUGUCCACGUCAAUUGGAUCUCUGGCUACAAUUAUGACCAAAAAUAAAUCAGUGUUAAAAUUCCUGAGGUUUUUACGCAGGUAAAACAUUGCCAGUAACUGCUGCAGGGUUUUGUGUAAUUAUACAUUAUUUGAGGACAUUCUUUCUAAAGGAAACUUAAGGUAGAUGUGAAGCCUCUAAUGACAUGGGAACACUUUUUAAGACAUUAUCAUUUAUUUUUUCUUUCACUAACUCACUGUGUGAAUACUGUGAAAUGUAACCACAUUUAACAUCAACCCAAAUCCAUGGCACUACUUUUAUUUUUGUGUUUAUUAGGUGGUAAGGUUUAUAAGACAUUUAGUGUUUUUAAUUAAAGGUUGCCUUUGUGCAUAUUAUCUAUGACAGGCUCAAAGUGUGAACCCUGAAAUGUUAACACAUUUAACUCCAAAUAUUUUUUCCAUUGUUAUUAAGUAUUUAGACUCUAUUUAAUUGGUUUGAAGGAGACCUACAUUUAUAUGUCUGACUUUAUUAGUCUUGAUUUUAUUUCAGGUUAGUAUUAAGAUUUUUAAGAUUAUCUAACAAUAAUGUUGAAAAAGGUGUGUCUAGUAAGGUCAAUUCCCUUUUGACUAUACAAUAUAGGACUCCUUCAAACUAUCUUAUUAAGGGAUCGACUUAAAACAAUGGAAAAAUUAGUGGCAGUUUAGCAUUCACUGAAGAAGUGUAUUUUAUGAUAUUAGGGAUCAUGGUAAUUUCCGAAACAUGGAUAGUCGGUCACUCUGGAUUAUACUGAACUGCACACCCUUGUAAUACUUUGAGCUCCACAAGCUCAUAGUACAGUAGGGGAGCCACAGGAUACUUCCCAUGGUAUACAGGGUGUCAAGAAAUGACAGGGUGCCAUUGUAUCUUGACACCCUGUAGAUUGACA